CGUUGUCUAUGGUCGGUGGCUAAACAAUAUGGCGGCGGAUGCACGCUUCUAUAUAAAUAACGUAAAAGUGUUAGUUUUUGUGAGAAUUAAGUGAUAAUAUUAUUGUAUAUAAGUUAAAUUUAGUGAUAACAUGGCGGCGAAAACGUGGAAAAUCGAGAAAGACCUGUGUCGGUGCUGUCAUGCUGAAGGCACUUUUGACAAUUUGGCGGAGCCGCGUACGUUUUUAGAAAAAGAAGAAGUCUAUACAGAUAUGCUUAGAGAAUGCCUUGAUGUCGAUAUUCCACCGGUGCCGGGUGAGCUGUGCGCCAUCACGUACACAAUAUGCACGGCAUGCAUCACCCGGUUGCGGGACGCGUGCAACUUCAAGAAGCAAGUGCAGGACUGCGAGCAGAGGUUCAUGACCAUGUACUACAAAAACGCUAUCCAAGGCGUGAAACCGGAGACAGUUGUGAAGGAGGAGCUGGAGGUGUCGUUGGAGCUGCAGCAGUCGGAAGACGAGAUAUUGGUUCUAAAGAAGGAAGAAGAUGAUGAUGAUGAAGACGCUUUGAUGGACUUCACCAAUGAUGAUGACGACUUGAGUGACGACUUCCCCAUCAAAAGACCGACAACGAGCACGAAGACAAGAUCAAAAGCGAAGCCUAAGCCGAAACCGUCUCCGGUGAAGAAGGAGAAACCUCCACCAAAGAAGAAGGUCGAGGCGAAGCCGGUGAAGGAGAAAAAAGGCGAGGAUAACGAGACAUCCACGAUAAAGCAAGAAUACAAGGAGACGCGACCAUAUAAGUGCAAGAAAUGUAAGAAGCGCUUCAAAACCAAUUCAGAACUGCACAAGCACAACACUUACGUCCACUUGAAGAAGCCCCGUUCACAGCAUGGUCGCUGUCAUAUAUGCAAUAUGCAAGUGAUCAAACGUGAAAGAGCGUCUCACAUGGAGACAGAACACGGACGACCAGCGCCGACCUGCGGCGUAUGCGGCAAAAAGUUCAACUGUCCGUCAGAUGUUUUAAGCCAUGAACGACGCUGUUUCAAAACACAGAACUUCAAAUGCGAUAAAUGCAAUCACGCAUGCACAAACGCAAAUCAAUUAAAAUUGCAUAAAAAGAUCCACGAGGAAGAAAAACCGUUUUCCUGCGAUGUAUGUAAGAAAUCGUUUAAGACAAAGGGUUACGUGUCAAUUCAUAUGUUGAUGCAUUCGAAUGUGCGCCCUUAUGUGUGUCCCCAUUGUGGGCGGUCGUUUACUCGCAAGGAAAAAUUAAACGGUCAUCUUACUAGAAAACAUCCUGAAGUGAAGUCGGCCAGGAAAGCUGCGGACAGCGAAAUCGUCACCCUUAAGCGAAACGAGGACGGCACGCAAAGUUACAUGUGCAAUAAAUGUGGGAAAUGCUACAAAACUAGCACCCAAGUCCGCGUACACAACACUUCAGUCCACUUGAUGAAUGCUCGACAGUAUAAUUGCUGUAAACUCUGCAAAGCACCAGUAAAGAUAGGUGAAAGGGCGUCUCACAUGGAGGCAGUGCACGGCGUACCAGUGCCAACUUGCGGCGCCUGCGGAAAGAAGUUCCCGAAUACAUGCUUACUUUUAAGACAUCAAAAAUUCUUUCACAUGAGAGAAAGAGAUUACAAAUGCGAUAAAUGCGAUUACGCAAGCUUAACAGCCUUCCAUUUGAAUAUGCACAAAAUGUCCCACGAGGAAGAAAGACCGUUUGUGUGUGAAGUGUGUAACAAAGCGUACAAGUGGAAGUCUGUAUUGCGAAGGCAUAUGUUGAUACAUUUGAAUAUACGCGCUCACGUGUGUCCGGCUUGUGGACAGUCGUUUGUGCAGAAGUCAAGUUUGCGGUACCAUGUUAGUAGAAGACAUCCAGGAGUUACUUCAGCUUAAUUAAAUUUACUUAUCAAAUAAAGUAAUCCUAUCCCAAUAAUAUACUGAUUGUUUUAUUGUUUGACUGAAAACUGAGUUCGCUCGACGAUUCACACCAUAUGUCGAAAAGUCUACAACUUUGUUGCAAGGUCCUGUGAUCUUUGCAACCUCUCAGUAAAUCAGGCAAGUCUAACAAUAACAAAUUGGUUAAUAAGUUAAAUUUAUACAGACACCGAAGAAUUACUCAAUGCAAAUAUGAAAUAAGCUAAAAUAAUUGUGUACACCUAUCUAACGUUUCCGCUUACUGUUUUACUUUACUUUUCUUUUUUGUAAUGUAUUUCUUUUUGUAAUGUAGUCCUAUUUAUUGUAAUUUUUGUCAUUAGUGCUAGUCCAACGGAAAGCAUUAGAAAAUCCUACCUGGUCUCCACGAUACAGAUCAAUCUAGUGUGGAGACCACAGGCAAUGUUAUGGUUUUUUGUAUAUAUUUUUGGUCAAUAAAGAUUUUUUUUUUUU